AGCAGGGGCAUUUUCGUCAUUAACAUCAACGAUCUUUAUUCAGACCGAGAAGAGAGUAGAUCGCAGAAGAGCUAGCUAGUGACUUUAGUGAGCGGUUCCUCAGGAGGAAGAAGAGAGAGAGAGAGAGAGAGAGAAUAUGGCGAGGAGACCGGACGAGGAAUACGAUUACUUGUUCAAGGUUGUGUUAAUCGGCGAUUCCGGAGUAGGUAAAUCCAACUUGCUAUCCCGAUUUACCAGAAACGAGUUCUGCUUGGAGUCCAAGUCCACCAUCGGAGUUGAAUUCGCCACUCGUACUCUUCAGGUUGAGGGAAGGACGGUGAAGGCUCAGAUAUGGGACACGGCUGGCCAGGAGAGAUAUCGAGCCAUAACAAGUGCAUAUUAUAGGGGUGCUCUUGGGGCUCUUUUAGUUUAUGAUGUGACAAAACCAACAACCUUUGAAAAUGUUAGCCGUUGGUUGAAGGAGCUGAGAGACCAUGCAGAUUCAAACAUUGUGAUCAUGCUCAUUGGGAAUAAGGCCGAUCUAAGCCAUCUUCGAGCAGUUGCCACAGAGGAUGCUCAAAGUUAUGCUGAAAGGGAAGGCCUCUCGUUCAUUGAAACAUCAGCUUUGGAGGCAACUAAUGUAGAGAAGGCAUUCCAGAUGAUUCUAUCAGAAAUCUAUCGGACAAUUAGUAAGAAGUCGCUUUCUUCAGAGGAGCCAGCAGCUGCUAUCAAAGAAGGGAAGACUCUUGUUGUUGACGCACAAGAUGUUAACGCAAAAAAACCUUGCUGCUCUUCAUCCUAAUGGUCAUUGGCGCUUUUUCCUCUCAAUUUCUUCUUUUAUUAUUCCUAUUUGCGCCAAUUGUUUGAGCUUUUGUAUUUUUUUUACCAUUCCUCUUGUUGUUGUAUUAUUAAUUUGACCUUUUUGGUUGAGCUGAGUGCUACUUGAGGCUUUAUAUGCGAAUUGUUUGAGGCUUGUCUAUUAGUAGUGCAGUUCAUACCUCUGGCUGCUAGCUUUAAUUAUAUUGUGAAGAAUGCAGGCACUUUGCUUGCUGUACUGCAAAAGAUAUUCAUCUCAAUUCUGAAGUAAAGAUUCAUUACCAAUGAUUCAA